AUGGGAGUACGGGUAAGCUACUACAAACAGCGUAGUGAACGCAUUAUUGUGGCCAAGAUAGAUACGAAACCCACGUCUACUACAGUAGUACAAGUUUAUAUGCCAACUAGCUCCGCAGAUGAUGAAGAAAUUGAUGAAAUGUAUGAAGAUAUAAAAGAAAUUAUUCAGGUAGUGAAGGGAGACGAAAAUUUAAUAGUCAUGGGUGACUGGAAUUCGAGAGUAGGAAAAGGGAGAGAAGGAAACAUAGUAGGUGAAUAUGGAUUGGGGCUAAUAAAUGAAAGAAGAAGCCGCCUGGUAGAAUUUUGCACAGAGCAUAACUUAAUCAUAGCUAACACUUUGUUCAAGAAUCAUGAAAGAGGGUUGUAUACAUGGAAGAACCCUGGAGAUACUAAAAGGUAUCAGAUAGAUUAUAUAAUGAUAAGACACAAAUUUAGGAACCAGGUUUUAAAUUGUAAGACAUAUCCAUGGGCAGAUGUGGACUCUGUCCUUAAUCUAUUGAUUAUGAACUGUAGAUUAAAACUGAAGAAACUGCAAAAAGGUGGGAAUUUAAGGAGAUGGGACCUGGAUAAACUGAAAGAACUAGAGGUUGUACAGAGUUUCAGGGAGAGCAUAAGGGAACAAUUGACAGGAAUGGGGGAAAGAAAUACAGUAGAAGAAGAAUGGGUAGCUUUGAGGGAUGAAAUAGUGAAGGCAGCAGAGGAUGAAAUAGGUAAAAAGACGAGGGCUAGUAGAAACCCUUGGGUAACCGAAGAAAUACCGAAUUUAAUUGAUGAAAGGAGAAAACAUAAAAAUGCAGUAAAUGAAGCAGGCAAAAAGGAAUACAAACGUCUUAAAAAUGAUAUCGACAGGAAGUGCAAAAUGGCUAAGCAGGGAUGGCUAGAGGACAAAUGUAAGGAUGUGGAGGCUUAUCUCGCAAGGGGUAAGAUAGAUACUGAAUACAGGAAAAUUGAAGAGACCUUUGGAGAAAGGAGAACCACUUGCAUGAAUAUCAAGAGCUUUGAUGGAAACCCAGUUCUAAGCAAAGAAGGGAAAGCAGAAAGGUGGAAGGAGUAUAUAGAGGGUCUAUACAAGGGCUAUGUACUUGAAGACAAUACUAUGGAAAUGGAAGAGGAUGUAGAUGAAGAUGAAAUGGGAGAUAUGAGACUGCGUGAAGAGUUUUACAAAGCACUGAAAGACCUGAGUCGAAACAAGGCCCACGGAGUAGACAACAUUCCAUUAGAACUACUGACGGCCUUGGGAGAGCCAGUCCUGACAAAACUCUACCAUCUGACGGUACAAAUGGACACGCCCAUCUUGGGUUAUAAGACUGCCAGCCAGUCUUGGUUUAGAGGUGAUCAGCUUUGUCAUUUUGAACCUGACUUCAAGAUGACUUAG